GCCAAGCGAGCCAAGAUAUUCGCUCUGCGCGAUGUCUUUUCGCUUUACGCCUUUGCGCAACCAGUUCGUUGUGAACGUUCGUCCGGCGUAGACAAAUACCUCACGGUUGUUUUCGCGGUCGCCUAACAGAACCGAGCCGAGCCGAUCCCUGGAAUCCCCCCUUACUUGCGUACCCGUUUGUCUACUUCAUACGCAGAUCGGCAAAUUUUUGGCGGAACUGGAAUACUUGCAGUCUGCGAUUGCGUAAAAGAAAAAGAACGGUCCGAUGAAAUUGAUAGAUUCGAAAUUUAACGGAUAGUUUGUUUUUUAGCUUCAAUUACCUGCGAGUGUUAGUGCACGAAAGAUUCCAAAAAAAAAGGUGACGAACCUCAAAGCGUGAAGUGAUACUGUCGUGACUCGUGUGCAGCAAUAAGGGCCUUUCUAAAUUGGAGAAAAUUUAGGUACCCCCAAGUGAUCUCCACGAAACCCCCCAGUGCGAGAUGGUUGAAUGUGUCAGUGAAUGAGAUCAUCACCUGAUGUAGAAGAAAUUUGACGACAAUCUUGCUUCAUAUCAUAACGGAGUUUAAGAGUUUUCCAACGCAGCCGUGCUCAGUUUUCCGCGCAAGCACCAGAGCAAGCAGUUAGUAGUGCUGUGUGAAAAUUGGUACGCCUAAAGUGAAAAUUUUCCUCCCACGAGUUUGCUUACUAAAUCCACUGUUCCCUCUGCAUGCUUGAGGCAAACAUAAACCAGAAAACCGAAGAAGCUACUGCGGUGAAUGUGUACAAUUUAUUUAUUUUUUCUUUCAUAACAUUGAAUUUUUAAUGCAACAGAAAGCUGCUGCUAUCGUGGUGUGUUGAAAAGGCAAAGCAAGUUUUCAUGUUGAAGCAUUUUUUUUGGCUCGUCUGACCAAUUUGGGAUGGUUUGAUCCAAGCGCGUGAAGGUUGCCUAAGAGCUCGCCUUGCUUUGAUUGGCCGUUUGACGAGAUGAAAAGAGAGUGACGACUGUUCGAAACCUGUUUUUCUACUUCGAGAGGUGAAAAAAGUGCAACAAACGGGCAAUUUCUUUAUCAUAGCAUUUGAAUUAAUUUUCAUAUUUCACCGGAUAACCCACAUCGCACAUCGAGCCAGUCGGAGCAACACAUUCAGAAGCAGGAUCUUGGCUUCAGUUGAAAAAGUAAGCGCAUGCAGUGCCCAAUGCUCGAUUAACGUGCCGUCCUGAAUCUUCCCUCAACGAAAUGCAAUGAUCGUGCGGAUCGCCCGGAUAUCAUUACCAUUGCACAGGAUAGAACCGUAAUCAAAAUAACCGUCUGCCGAAUCAUGACCUCGUCGUAUGAGCGAAUCAAAGCGGAAUGCAAGCAGAAAAAUGUCCUCUGGGAGGACGAAGAUUUUCCGGCGACGCAAUCGUCGGUGUUUUACCACCAAACGCCUCCCUUCACCUUCCAGUGGAAGCGGCCGCACGAAAUCACUUCGAGCCCGGUGUUCGUAAACGAUUCGACGGCGCAGUUCGACAUCGUGCCGGGGAAAAUGGGUGAUCGAUGGCUGGUCAGUUGCCUCGGGGUGCUAUACCUGUCCAAGGGGCUCUUCUAUCGGGUGGUACCAGCAGAUCAAAACUUCGACAAGCCAUAUUAUGGAAUGUUUCGCUUCCGGCUGUGGUGGUGUGGUGAAUGGUUGGAGGUUCUAGUCGACGACAGAUUACCAACGAUCAACGGAAAAUUGGCUUUCCUGCAGGCACAGAAUUCGAACUCCUUCUGGCCGGGCCUGCUAGAAAAAGCCUAUGCCAAAUUACACGGGUCUUAUGAAGCUUUAAAGUACGGCACCCUACUCGAUGGUCUAGCGGAUCUGACCGGGGGCAUUACCGAGUCGAUAUCGAUAAAAACCGACAGUAACAUACUGAUACGACCUCCUUUGCUGCAUUCUUUAUUAGACACAACUAGUAUUGUAACGUGUACAGUUAACAAUGGAACAACGACACAAAUUCGGAAUCAAACAGAAGCCCUGCCUAACGGUUUACACGUGGGCAUUAACUACCGCCUUUGCUCUUUGGAUAAGGCUGAAACCAUUAUGGGAGACACAGUGCAACUUGUUCGGCUGCGGAAUCCUCUCGCACAAACCCUCAACAAAUCUGCCACAUUCAACGGAGAUUGGUCAUCGUUUUCCAGUUCUUGGGAACGAGUAACCAUGAACGAACGAAACCGUCUCAUCGAGCAGCUCGAGGUGGGCGAGUUCUGGAUGUCAUUCUUCGAUAUGACCCAAACAUUUACCCAUCUGGAGUGUGUUCACUUGGAUUCGGAUACGGCUCGGGAUGAGCCCCAGCUGUCGGACAAAAACCGACGAUGGUUGAUGCGGUUAUACCAGGGUGCAUGGAAACGUGGCGUUACUGCAGGUGGUUGCCGCAAUAACCCAGAUUCGUUUCACAUCAAUCCACAACUACAGCUCUUCCUUAGCGAAAAAGAGGAUGUGAUAAUAUCGGUCAACCAGCACAGCGUACUUGAACCAAAAGUGAUUGGUUUUACCGUGUACAAUUUAAACAGUGUUCAAAGCAUCAACGGGUGUCUCUCGAAAAACUUUUUCAAGAAGCACAAAAGUUUAGUCAAUUCACAGUACACCAAUUCGCGACAGAUAAGUCAUCGAUGUACCCUGGAAGCUGGACGGUACCUAAUUAUGGCAACCACAUUUGAACCUGCAGAAGAGGCGUCCUUCAGUGUACGUGUAUUGGGUAGUACGAUACGACUGGCAUUAUUGGAAACGCAGACUAUGUUGUUGUUGGAUCCGUUCCCUUUGCUGAACUCGAAUGCGAAAGUAUCGAUGGAUUCGGCCAAUAACAAUGUUUCAGCCACAACCAGCACCGCUCAGUACGAACCAGUAUUCAUGCAGCUGGCAGAUGAUCAAAGGACGUUAAACUGCUUUGACCUUCAGGAGCUGCUGGAAGCGUGUCUCCCAAAUGACUACAUUCGAAGCUGUGCCAGUUUAGAAGUCUGUCGACAGGUUGUCUGCUUAAUGGAUAAAACCAAUCGAGGGCGAAUUAAUUUCAAUGAUUUCAAUAAAUUUAUGGUUAAUUUAAAAACAUGGUGGGGUGUGUUCAAAAUGCAUACGAAGGAGAAAUCGGGAAUUCUUAGAGCUGAGCGCUUCCGAGAUGCGCUUUGUGAUGUCGGAUUUCAGCUGAGUACUGACAUAUUGUCUAUCCUUAUACUCAGAUAUAUGAGGAGAGACGGAACCCUUAGGCUGUCGGACUUCAUUUCCGCCAUUCUGCAUUUGACGAUGGCCUUUGAACUGUUCAAGGCCAAGGACAACAAUCAGGAUGGGGUUAUUAGCAUGGGAAUGACAGAGUUCAUCAAAUCAGUUUUUAUGUGUUAAUCGUUCUCCUGUUGUAUAAAUUAGUAUCCGAAUCGACCUGUACCCUUCCAUGAGAAAUUAUUUUAGGCGAAACCAUUCGUUUGUGAGUUGGCACGGACUUGCAGGCACGUUAGUUAAUUUAAGUAAUGGUCUUUGUGUUAAGUUCGCAAUUACGUACGUGUAAAAUAAUAACAUUGUUUUAAACUAGAACUGGAAUGAACAAUUAGUCGUAAGUGUUUUCAGCUUGUGCGAAUAUUUAGUAACAAAUUUGCUCAUUAACAUUACUGAUAAUUAGUGUUACAUACGUGAAUAAGACGAAACGAAUAAAUGGAAACGUUUUUGUAAAUAA